AUGGACGACCACAGCCUGGAUGAGUUCCGCCGGCGUUGGCAGGAGGAGCUGGCGCAGGCCCAGGCGCUCAGGAAGCGGCGGCGGCCCGAGGCUGCCGAGCGGCGGCCGCGGCGGGCCGAAGUGGCCCCCGGGCGCGGCGAGCAGGCCUCGGGAUACCUGGCUCUGGCCCAGGGCCUCCUGGAGGGUGCGGGGCGGCCCCCGGCGGCGCGGGCGACCCGGGCAGAGAGGCAGGACGCAGCGAGCCGUUCCCGUUCCCCUCCGGCUCGCGAGGUUGCCGGGGGCGGGGAGCAGCUGGUGGACCAGCUCAUCCGCGACCUGAAUGAAAUGGAUGAUGUGCCCUUCUUUGAUAUCCAACUGCCUUAUGAACUGGCAAUCAAUAUAUUUCAGUAUCUGGACAGGAAAGAACUAGGAAGGUGUGCACAGGUGAGCAAGACGUGGAAGGUGAUUGCAGAAGACGAAGUGCUCUGGUACAGGCUGUGCCAGCAGGAAGGGCACCUUCCCGAGAGCAGCAUCUCUGAUUAUUCCUGCUGGAAGCUCAUCUUCCAGGAGUGCAGAGCCAAGGAACACAUGUUAAGAACCAACUGGAAGAAUCGCAAAGGUGCCGUGAGCGAACUGGAACACAUUCCUGACGCGGUUUUGUGCGACGUGCAUUCCCAUGACGGCAUUGUCAUUGCCGGAUAUACAUCAGGGGACGUGAGGGUGUGGGACACCCGCACCUGGGACUACACAGCCCCUUUCCUGGAAUCAGAGUAUGAGGAGGACGAGCCUGGAAUGCAGCCAUAUGUCUCCUUUGUGAGGAUAAACAGCUCGCUGGCGGUAGCAGCUUAUGAGGAUGGAUUUCUUAAUAUUUGGGAUCUAAGGACUGGAAAGUAUCCUGUCCAUCGUUUUGAGCAUGACGCAAGAAUACAAGCACUCGCCCUCAGCCAGGACGACGCGACUGUGGCCACGGCUUCUGCUUUUGAUGUUGUGAUGCUACGCCCCAGUGAGGAGGGGUAUUGGCAAAUCACUGCUGAAUUUGAAGUUCAGAAACUGGUUGACUACCUUGAAAUAGUUCCAGAUACUGAAAGGUACCCUGUGGCAGUGGCCACGGCUGGAGAUCUGGUGUACCUGCUAAAAGCUGAAGACUCUGCCAGAACCCUCCAUUAUGUCUACGGCCAGCCCGCCACGUGUCUGGAUGUCUCGGCCAGCCAGGCUGCUUUCGGUGUGAAGAGUCUAGGAUGGGUAUACGAAGGCAACAAGAUCCUGGUGUACAGCCUGGAAGCAGAACGGUGCCUCUCAAAGCUGGGCAACGCUCUUGGUGAUUUCACUUGCGUCAACCUCAGAGACAGCCCUCCCAACCUCAUGGUCAGUGGCAACAUGGACAGGAGGGUGAGGAUCCACGACCUCCGCACUGACAAAAUCGCCCUGUCGCUCUCCGCCCACCAACUGGGAGUCUCCGCGGUGCAGAUGGACGACUGGAAAAUCGUCAGUGGAGGCGAGGAAGGCCUGGUCUCCGUGUGGGAUUAUCGGAUGAGCCAGAAGCUGUGGGAAGUGCACUCCAGGCACCCCGUCCGUCACCUGUCCUUCAACAGCCACAGCCUCAUCACGGCCAACGUGCCCUGCGAGAGGGUGGUGCGCAACACAGACCUGGACAACUUCACCGCUCACAGGAGACACCGCGGGCUGAUCCACGCCUACGAGUUUGCCGUGGACCGGCUGGCCUUCCAGAGCACGCUGCCCAUCUGCCGCGCGUCCGCGGACACCGUGCCGGGCUACAACUAUGACCUUGCGCUCGCCUUUCCCUAGGACCGUGGUUAGGGGAGCACCUCGUCGGGGAGCAGGGGGAAAAUGGGAAGAACCAAAGUGGAUGAAUUUAAAAAACUACCGAGGAGCUCUGCACCAGGUGCACUGGUCUAACCCACAGGUUCCUCCACUGCCUUUGCUUUCCCCCACAGCCAGGUUGCUUCUCUGCAGCUGCCUAUGGAAAGCUGGAGGUGGUCAGGGGCUGUGGCAUUGACUCUGUUUUCUCUCCCUGACACUAUGCCUCUGAGUGCCACCCACUGUCCCUCUUUCCUCCUGCAUCUGCUGCCUGCCACACAACUCUGGUCACCCUGUUUCCAGCCGGGACCCUCUCCCCUGGCUACAAUGUGGGUCCCCCCCUGCCGUCUGUGCACUACCGUGCAGGGCUCUGCUCCAGUGUGCAAGCCCUUUCCUCUCGGGGGGUCUGGGGUGUGGGCUCGGAGAUCACAGACUCACUCCGGGCGCGGGGGGGUCCUUCAUACCACCACCUCCUGUAAACCUAGGUGAGCAGUCCUGUCUUUAUAGUUUUUACCACAAUUUAUAAUUAUAUAUUUAUACACUUACUGCAUUAAGGACUGUUUACUGUGGUGUCCACAACAUGUGGUACAAAGUAGAUUAUUUUCUACCUAUUUGUUGCAUAAACAGUCAUCCUCCACCUAGGAUGGAGAGCGAGAGCUGGGGGAGAAACCCUUCUCCUAAACCACUGGGCUAAAGUGGGGCGGCACUGGGGAGCUCCUCCAGGUGACACGUCGCUUCCAUUUCCAAAGGGUUAAGAGGGCAAACCUUCGUAUGACUCUCGAUUUAGACUGUUCUGAGCAGCAGCCUCUAAUAUCCCUUAAAAACACUAAAACCGACAGAACUACAAAGAGAAAGGCCAUGCUUCUAGUGGGUGAUCAGCAGAUAUAAUCAUUAAAAAAAAAAAAUUGAAGGAUUUAGAGGAUUUACUUAAUAGAAUUUCCGAGUAUGAUCCAAUAGAAUUUUGUGCCUUUUUAAAUAUCCCUAGACCAUGCACAGAAAACGGCUGUCUCAAAAUCACAAAGGCAGUCUCAGAUUCCACAAAGAUACAGCCAGGCCCAAGUCCGUGACCCCCUAAUGCAAUAAAAUGAGGUAACAAAGUGAAAAAGAAAAAUGGAAAAUGUGAACCCUCUGGGCCAUGAAAACACUGAAUAUUAAAGCGCCAGGGGUGAGGCCAGAAUGGACAAAGAGAAGUGGGGCUUGAAUAGAAAGUAGAUAAAUGGCUAGCUGUCACCUCAAAUAGUGACCCCAAAGGAAGGAGUGAAAGAAGGGUUACCAACAAAUCACAAAGUUAAACCCUACACUUGCCCGUUUUACACUGGACCAGCUUUUUUGGAAAGCCAAAAUAGACUUUUUUUUUUUU